AUGGCCAGCCUGCUAGACCUCCCAGACGAGACGCUCGAGAGUGUGUUGCUGUGCAAUAUUGACGGUCGCACACUCCAUCAACUCACUCGUGUCAACAAGCGCCUCCACAGGAUCGCGAGUCCCAUCCUCGUCCAGUGCUGGCCAUAUUCCCAUGAACGCCUGCUGCUGCAUCUUUUGCACCAUCCUGAGCUCAGAAAGCACGUCAAGGAGCUCAAAUUCGAAAGUCUCGUUGCCUUCCGCGACCAUGAAGAAGACCACUCCGGAUGCGAGAUCAGUGACGAGAGCCUGGAGGUCCUCGCCGCAACCGUGGACGACGCGUGGCCAGCUCUAGCCAAGUCAACCAAGUGGGCAGAGUAUAUCCGCAAAGGCAACACAGACGCCUUGUGCACGCUGUUAUUAUGCUGGGCAACCAAGCUUUCCAGUCUCGACAUCACAAUACCAUACUUCGAUGCCAAGCAGCGCCGUGACUUGCUGGUCUUGCGCUUAGCAAGCCAGGUGGUCCGAACGUGGAAGAAGACGGGGUCCACGGGCUUGCCGCUUCUUGGGCUGAGGUCCGUGGUCUUCCGUCACUGGGACACCGAGUUCAGCACUGAUGGGCUAUACGCAGCGGCCUUUUUCCACUUACCCAACGUUAAAUCCUUCUCUUCAUGGAAGUUUGGUCUGUGGGGUUGGGGUGAAGGCUCCGAGCGAAAUUAUAACGACCCAACUCUUGGCUGGGUUCCUACGGCGAAUCCUCGCGACGAGUACAUUCUUGAUUUCCCCGUUGGCACUUCACCAAUAGAGGAGCUCAUUCUAGACGAGGUCGAUGUUUCCGUGGAAUCUCUGUCCAGAGUUGUCAGUGCCUGCCAAAGGCUCAAGCUGUUGCUGUACCGGCCAGGCCCAGUGUGCGACAAUUCCUGGCUAAGUUGGAGGGGGCUGGCAAACGUCAUGCUGCACCACAAGAAUUCGCUGGAGACACUUCUCAUUGAUUUCGAACGUCCCGGAAAUUCGAUUCUCUUCAGUGAUGAUGAGGAAAUGGAGCACGAUGGGAGUGAUGAUGCCAAUGACGAUGGUGAUAACUACGGACAUGAUGACGACCCUGAAGUUGGGAGCAUUCACCUGCGCGACUGUUAUCAAUAUCUUGAGUGCCUCAAGAGUUUGUCAAUUGAUGUCAGCUUCCUAUACAAGGAAGAUGACUAUGGUGACUACCAUAUCACGCCUAGUCGUCUGCCGAAUUCUCUAGUGAACCUACGACUGGAAGGCUUGUGUCUGACCUCAUUAUGGAAGCGAUCUAUCCAGGAGACUGAGGACCAAGUGAAUGACCUUGCGAGCUUGGUGCAAGAAUGUAACCUGGAUGGGAAGCUGCCCAAUCUCCGUCAGAUAAAUAUCGCCGAACGGUUGCCGCAGGACCUUGUCCUUGAGGCAUUUGAUAGACUGAUGGAGUUGGCAAAGGCGCGAGGAGUAAAGCUCACUUUCAUAAAACGAUGGGAAGAGCCUUGGGAGGAAAUUGACUGGUAUUAA